GUGUCCAGUUCUAACAAUGGUGUAAUCAUUCCAGAAUUGGCGGGUCGAAUUCGAAGGUAACACAUACACAAAUCCUUUGUAGCAUUUACAAUUCUCUGCGCCUUUCUCUCCUUUUCUGUAGACGCAAAAAACUGGAAUUACAUAUUCCUGCGACAUUCUUGCCAUUUUUAUUUCCAAUCUCAAAAACCUACCUCCUUAUAAAUUUUGAGGAAAUUCCCAAUUCACAAAUUUGCCAAAUUACGGAAUUGUUCGAACCCGUCGUUUAAAAUCGUUUUUUUCCAAAGAAUUUCUCAUCUCUAUCGGGGAUUCUGGUUUGAUAUGCCAAUCAGGAUUUGUGUUCUUCAAUUGGGGCAUGCUGCUUGAAUUAACUUAUCUCAUUAUGGGCUCUGAUGGGCUGCUAUCCUUAUUUUUCAUAUCUUGAAUUGACCUCUUGAGCGUUCUUACUUGAAAGUGAGUGAGCAUUUUCUUAGCCAAGUCGAUGGCGGAUUCUUUUAGUGUUCCUGAUAAUAGAAAGGGCCUCAACCGUACUGUGGUUUGUGGCAAAAUUCAACCCUUUAAAUGUUUGGUUGCGUCUAUUCCAAAACACUGUUCAAUGAAAGCUUUGAAACGCAUCGUUAACGUGGACAAAAAAUUAUUGGGUGUGGCUACUAUCUCUGAAGCUGGACUAUUCCUCUUGAAAAUUGCAGUUCUAGAGGCAGUGAGGAGGUUUUCACAGGUUCAUUGUCCAUUCUUGUGGCGCAGUCUCCAGGCUUUGCAAUUUAUUUGUUUACCCCCCCUUAAGUGGAUUCAGAAGUGGGGAAUUUUUAGGGGUUUGGUUAAGUCCAUGCAGGCUUUGUCUAGACCGCUUUUACUUCUCUCAGUUGCGACAUCUCUCGCUAAUCGAUCAGACGAUGGUGAAGAAAAUCCAGGAAGUUCAGAAUUUUCAGAUGCUUCUCAGCCACAAUCUGAUUCCUUGACUAACAGAGCAUCAGAGUCAAGAGUAAUUGAAACUCAAGCCCCAGAGAAGUGGAUGUUGCAACUUUUUGCGGAGCUAGAAAAGGAGGGAAUUGUUUUGCCAGAGAGGAUUACUGAGGAUGAUCUUCGUAGAUUAUAUCAUGUUGCAAAUGGUGAUUUCUCAAGCUUCUUCUCUUCAGUCAAAAGAACAAUCAACUGGAGGCGAAAUUUUAGGUUUAUGUCAGUGCAAGAGCUUGAAGAGUGGUCGGAGAUGGUGUUUUGGCAUGGAUGUGAUGUUAAGAGGCACCCUUGCUUAAUUAUUCGAGUUCAAUCUGCAUGCUCUUAUAUAAUGUCUGGGGAAAGAUAUCGCUUGCCUGAAGUAGUUGUUUCUCAGAUAGAAUAUGGGAUUCUCCACCUGGUUCGUGCUGAAGAUCCUUUAAUCACAGUGCUAAUGGACUGUCAAGGGUUGAGUCCGUUUGGUUUCCCAGUACACAUGAUGAGAUCCUGUGCUGUGCUUUUGCAAGACCAUUACCCGAAUAGGCUUGCUGCUUUAUUUGUUGUGCGGUUGCCUCCCAUUGCUCGUGUUAUUGCACAAACUCUUUUUCAGGUGUUGAGACCAGCUACGAGGCGGAAACUUCGAAUAUUUGGGGACGACUACCAAAAGUUUUUGUCAGAGCAUCUUCAGACGCUUCCUUCUUUCCUUGGCGGUGAUUGCUCGUGCCCAAAAUGCUCAAAAUCUGUUGGUAAAGAGAAGACUGUGGUUGGACCUAGUAUAGUAUAUGAAGCUGAGAAUGUUUCACCCCAUUCUGCUUCUGCUUCUGUUUCUGCUUACUGCUCUGAUGACUUUGAAUUUAUCAAGUGUGACAAGGUACUGAAAAGCAUUGCUAUCGGUCUUCUCCUUGUGCUGCUAUACAUUCUUUUGACUAUUCGGUUUCAUAAUCUGGAAGGCAUACAGUUGUACACAAGUGGCUGGUAGCCUGUAAAACCAUCACCUGUUUUUGACGCUUUCGUGAUGAACACAAUUCAAGUUAUACUUUCAUGUAUUGUAUAGAAAUUGUAGACAGUGGAACAAGUUGGAGAUCAAAUUGUUCCAGAUAGUAUGGUUGCUUCCGAAAUAAAGUCAUGCAGGUUCCACACCA